AUGCCCACCGACCCCGAUCUCAACGACCUCUUCUCAGACGGGUCAAGCUUCUACGGCGACGAAGAAACAAAAUCCCACCUCGAACACCAAGCGAACACCUAUGACCCAGGUCCCUACUGGGAAAAGAUCCAUCCAAAUCUCUACACCACAAUCAAACACAACGCGCUAGUCUCAGCCUCCGUCGCCAAACCAACGGAUCCAAUGUCCCCUCCACCCCCGCAACCAAACCCAAAUACUGGGGUCCACGUAGAAGCCGAAACACCGGCAUCUAUGGACUCGCACAACGCGCCGAGGACGGACGAGUCAGUGCAGAGCUUCUUAGCCCGGCUGCCGCCUUCCACAACCAAGGCCGAGAAUGUGGGUCCGUGGAUCUAUGUUUCGGAUCCAGGGGCUUGCCGGACGGAGCAGGAUAUUGCGAGUUUCGUCGCCGGGGGGACGAGGUUGCUGCGAGGGUUUGAGGAUGAGAGGGCAGAGUUGGAGGUGAGCAUGGAUCGGGCGGGGACGUUGCAGAAGGCGAGGAAGUUGGUGCCUUUAAGGCGGAGGUUGGAAGGAGGGAUCUUUGCCUUGGCGAGGGAGACGGGGGUUGUGUCGGGGAAGUGGAUGUUGUUUUUGACGGGGGAGGUGGUGGAUCGGGUUUGGGGCGUUGUGGUGGAGGAGACGGUGGAGGGGCGGUUGGGGGUUGCGGCGAAGGUUGCGACGGAUGAUGGUGAGGGGAGGGCGAGAUUAUUGGCGGUUUAUACUCGGGAUUUUGGGGAUGGGGCGGAUGUCAAGAGGGUUUUGGAGAGGCUGGUGGAGUUGGGUUUGGUGGAGAAGGGAGGACGCCCAGUUUAUUAUAAGUGUGAUGCGUACACUUAUUUGGAGAUUAUGAGCAAUAAUUCGUAUGGCUUGAGGGCGAGCCUGUUUUCCAGUCGGGAUGUUUUGGAGGGGAAGAGGGGAUCGGAUUGA